GGAAAGGAUCUGUUCCCAAAGUAAGGGGAGUAUAGCACUGUGCAAUUUUGGGUUGCACUUUAUUUACAAAAUUACCACCACGCUGAUAUUCACAAGCUACCGUACAAAUUUCCUGAUUUUGAUUUAUUUACCAAAUUGCCAUUCUACAAGAUUUUUUGCUUUGUUAUGGAUUUUCCAGUUCGGCUUGCAUUCAAAGGGGCCCAGACAGAGGCCUAAAGGCCUGGACCAAAACGGCCCAGUCUUGAAGCAAGCAAAACUACUCUUUUGCUGCUUUAGAUAUCGGAUUGGACGGACAGGGGUGAAGAUUGUGGGGGUAGUUUUGUGAUUGCAUGUUUGGGGUUUGGGGCCAUGUUGUCUGCUUUGUUCGAUGGGAUUGUGGGAGUGUUGUUGCAGACGAAGUUCUGGCCUGCACAUAGAGAAGAAGAGAGAAUGAGAAGUCUUGCAGACCUAGGUGCAGCAAAGCCAGCAGCGGUAUGGGCUGCACCGAGAGAAGGAAGGGGAACAUAAGGGUUGACAGGUUGGAGGGAGAGGUUCGCUGGGAUUUAGGGGAGAGGAUUUUCGGCAGGGAGGUGCGGGAAGGGGGACAAAGGGACAUGGGUUUUCAGUUUUGUCCUUUGAUUCAACAGGCGGCAACAGGAAGCAGAAUUGAAACUGCUAGAAGAAGAGACUUCAAGGAGAGUGGAAGAAGCAAUUCUAGGAAGGUUGAGGAGAGCUUAAACUCUGAUGAGAUUAAAGUGGAAAUACAGAGGCAGUUGGAGGAAGGACGGAAGAAGCUUCUUACUGAAGUGGCAGUGCAACUUGAGAAAGAAAAGGAAGCAGCUCCGGCAGUUCUCGAUAACGUGAAGAAUUCAUCCCAAAUUGAAGCCUUAAUUGGAAAGCAACCUUCAUUUGGUGGCGGAAGUCGAAUCAUUCUUACAACUAGAGAUAAACAGUCAUUACGUAGAUGCAUGAUUUACCAGAGGAUAUGGGUUGCAAAAUGGUACAACAGGAGUGUAUUAAAGAGCUGGGGAGGCGCAGUAGGUUGUGGAGCUACGAAGACGUUUGUCAUGCAUUAACUC